AAAAAGAGAAAAAAAAAAAAAGAAAAAGAAGGACAACAGAACAUUUAAAAAAAUGGUAUUAGCUUUAAUCCUGAAGCCUUUGUUUAGCAACUCGGAAUUUACUGAAAGUUUACUUGGAAUUUUUCCAAAUUAAAGCUAGAGGCCAGAAAUUCACCUGGUAUAAACUGGCAUAGCUCUACUAAAGUCAAACAUACAGUGUUUGAAGCAGCUGACGAUUCUUGCUUUCAUAAUGAAGGCUGGUUGUUAUUCUUACCCUUUCUCUUUAUUUUUAUUUUUUAGUUUUCAAAGCAUUUUGAAACGUUAAUUAAAGAUUCUCCUCUAUGCUAGGAGAAGUAUGCAGAUACAUCAAACUGUGUAUCAGAACCGGAAUGGCUAACUCAUUACCUAAAGUAUUUGGCCGUCAAAGGGGAGAGAGGGCUGCAAUUUUCUGUGCAGAUGGCAGAAGUAUGUACAAAGCAGUGUAGUGUAUUUAUUAAUCUAAUCUAAAGAAACAGUGAAGAGGUUUUGUUCAGUGACAGCCAAACCAUUAACAGCAUCCCAAACUUGAUUUUAUUUCUUCAUGUUUUUGGGUUGAAAACACAGUAGCUAAGAUUUAUUAUGUCAUUGUCGUCUCUGCCUUUCCUCUGUCUCAUCUGUAUUCUUUACAGAGCCUAUAAACAUGGGCUGUCAGCAAGCUAAACCUGUCAGAUUUCCACUUCCCCCCUCCUCCGUCUGCUACUAUGCUGCCCGAGAAAGAACCCUGCACGCUGCACCCUUACUAUAAUUCUCAUCAUCACAUCUCAUUCAUCACUCUGACUCCAAACUCUGCUCAACACAUUAGAAAAAAGGUCAGGGAUAUGAAAGGAAAAGAGAAAUAAACAACUACACAGUGGAAGCGGUUGAGCUACAGGAGACGUGGGAGACAGUGAAGAGUUCAACAUAAAUGAAAAACAGGCAUAGCAGUAUGCAGCAACCCGGAGUGUGUUGAUUGAAACUUAGAUUACCCCCAAAUCACUGUUGAUUUGACUGAUGCGCCAGCUUUACCAGAGAAAAGAUUUCAAUUAAGGUCCCUUUAGAUGGAAUUUAAUGCAGCAAAAACCUUGUCAUCAGAAGGAUUAAUGCCUGCAUUAGCAUUUCCGCAAUAAAAUCAGAAGCUAAGUGGUGGAGGCCACAGACACCUCAAACCUGGAUUCCUCUGCUCUGCAUUAAGUGCUGGAGUUUUUAUUACUUGCUGUAGGGAAGCCAUUGCCAAUGCUUACAAGGAACUGUUUAUCCCUGCUUCUCUGGGUCCUGUUUGAUGGAGGUCUCCUAACACCACUGCAUCCAGAGCCGCAACAGACUUUAGAAGCAGAGUCAAGAGACAAUGUUGUGCCAGUGCCAGGGAGGAGGUCAUCAGUCCAGCGAGUCAAACGAGGCUGGGUGUGGAACCAGUUUUUUGUGCUGGAGGAGUACAUGGGCUCCGAACCUCAGUAUGUGGGAAAGCUACAUUCUGACUUGGACAAGGGAGUUGGCACUGUUAAAUAUACCCUUUCAGGAGAUGGUGCCGGCACUGUUUUUACCAUUGAUGAGACCACAGGAGACAUUCAUGCCAUAAGGAGCCUAGAUCGAGAAGAAAAACCUUUCUACACGCUCCGGGCUCAGGCUGUGGAUGUUGACACCAAGAAACCACUAGAGCCUGAAUCAGAGUUCAUCAUCAAAGUGCAGGACAUUAAUGAUAAUGAGCCAAAAUUCCUGGAUGGGCCUUACGUUGCCAGUGUCCCAGAAAUGUCUCCAGUGGGUGCAUAUGUGCUUCAAGUCAAGGCUACAGAUGCUGAUGAUCCCACCUAUGGAAACAGUGCUAGAGUGGUCUACAGCAUUCUUCAGGGGCAACCCUACUUCUCCAUUGAUCCGAAGACAGGUGUAAUAAGAACAGCUUUACCAAAUAUGGACAGAGAAGUUAAAGAACAAUAUCAAGUUCUCAUCCAAGCCAAGGAUAUGGGAGGACAGCUGGGAGGACUAGCAGGAACCACCACUGUAAACAUAACUCUCACAGAUGUCAAUGACAACCCACCCCGAUUUCCUAAGAGUAUCUUCCAUUUGAAAGUGCCCGAAUCCUCUCACGUUGGUUCUGCUAUUGGAAGGAUCAGAGCUGUGGAUCCUGAUUUUGGGAAAAAUGCAGAGAUUGAGUACAACAUAGUUCCAGGAGAUGGAGGAAACUUGUUUGACAUCACAACAGAUGAGAACACCCAGGAAGGAGUCAUCAAACUGAAAAAGCCAUUAGACUUUGAAACAAAAAAAGCAUACACCUUCAAAGUUGAGGCCUCCAAUCUCCAUCUUGACCAUCGAUUUCACUCAGUGGGUCCAUUCAAAGACACCGCUACUGUGAAGAUAAAUGUGUUGGACAUGGAUGAACCUCCAGUUUUCAGCAAGCCUAUGUACACGAUGGAGGUUUAUGAGGAUACUCCUGUGGGGACCAUUAUCGGUGCAGUGACAGCACAAGACCUUGAUGCUGGCAGCAGUUCGGUUAGAUACUUCAUCGAUUGGAAGAAUGAUGUGGACAGCUACUUUACAAUAGAUGCUACUGAAGGAACCAUUGCUACUAAUGAAUUACUGGACAGAGAAAGCACAGCACAAUACAAUUUCUCUAUAAUUGCAAGUAAAGUUAGUAACCCAUUAUUAACCAGCAAAGUCGACGUUAUAAUAAACGUCUUGGAUGUCAACGAGUUUCCUCCUGAAAUUUCAGUUCCAUAUGAGACAUCUGUAUGUGAAAAUGCCAAACCAGGACAGGUAAUACAGACUGUCACUGCAGCAGACAAAGAUUUGUCACCAGCUGGGCAAAGGUUUUCCUUCAGACUGUCACCUGAAGCUUCCAACAAACCAAAUUUCACAGUCCAUGACUACAGAAACAACACAGCUGGGAUUGAAACCAGGAAAAAUGGCUACAGCAGGAGGCAGCAAGAGCUGUACUUUCUUCCAGUGGUAAUAGAAGAUAGCAGUUACCCUGUCCAGAGCAGCACAAACACAAUGACUAUCCGAGUUUGCAGAUGUGAUUCUGAUGGUACCAUCCUGUCCUGCAAUGUGGAAGCAAUCUUCUUGCCAGUAGGCCUCAGCACUGGAGCACUGAUUGCCAUUCUGCUGUGUAUUGUUAUACUUCUAGUCAUUGUAGUAUUAUAUGUAGCACUACGGAGGCAGAAGAAAAAGGACACCCUGAUGACCUCUAAAGAAGACAUCAGAGAUAAUGUUAUCCAUUAUGAUGAUGAAGGAGGUGGAGAAGAGGACACCCAGGCUUUCGACAUUGGUGCCCUGAGGAAUCCCAAAGUGAUUGAAGAUAACAAAAUGCGCAGAGACAUAAAACCAGACACCUUGUGUUUUCCACGUCAGAGACCACCAGUGGAAGAUAACACAGACAUAAGAGAUUUCAUUAAUCAAAGGCUGCAGGAAAAUGAUGUGGAUCCAACUGCACCCCCUUAUGACUCCUUGGCAACCUAUGCUUAUGAAGGAAAUGGAUCUGUUGCAGAGUCUCUCAGCUCCAUAGAGUCCCUUACUACAGAGGCAGACCAGGAUUAUGACUAUCUGAGUGACUGGGGACCUCGCUUUAAGAUCUUGGCAGACAUGUUUGGAGAAGAAGAAAGUUAUAACCCUGACAAAGUCACUUAAGAGCAAGUACAAUGGUGAAAUAAAAAGAAAAGUAAACCAACAACAAAAUAAAAAGAUAAACCUAAGCUUUAUAAUAGGACAGAAUUCCUUUGAUUAUAAAAGACAGCAAAUAUUUCCAGCAAGUUACUACAUUUAUCAUACAGUCAGUUUUUGUUUGAUCUACAACGGAGAGAUAAAUCCUGUAAUAUACAGUUUUUUUGUUGUUGUUAUUUUGUUACUCUGGAAUUACACUGAGACAAGCUCAGGCCUACAAGGUACAGUUUACCGAUUGACGUAGAAAGAAGAUAGCUUUCUGGCAUCAUGGUGGAAGAGUGGUAGCUUUUUCGUAAUUCCACUAAAGUGCCUAUUGAAACUUUUAUCAUUUAAGUGGUAAAGAGUCUGAUGUUACGGUGUUACAAAACUGAAUGGUAAAUUGGACAUGAACUUUAAGACAAGAAGCAAUAGCAACACGCUGACUUCUUUUAGAACAAAAAUGGACACAACUUCCUAGAGUAUAUCUAAAGACUAAAACUAAGGAGUGGGGAUGGGAGGGGGAAAGGUGGGUGUUCAUUGUGUUUGGGGUUCACGGGUUUUGUUUUGUUUUGAAGAAAACAGUACAUUGAGGCAUCAUAUUUCUUCUUCCAAAACUUCACAGAGAAUUUAAAUUUAAAAUGCUAUUGCACUCCGAAGUUGUAAAGCCAAAAUUAAAAAGGAAAAGAUCUUAGCAUACAUCAAUGAAUAUUUAAAUGUUCAUGAAAAUAUUACAUUUUUUUUCAGAAUAAUAAAAGAUGAAAGCAGCUACUCCUUUAUGCGAAGGAAAUUUCCCUUGGCUUUCCCUCUUCUUUUAAAAUGAGACUAUUAUUAGAACAGAAAAUGGGGAGUUUUAUUUCUUUAAGAGUAUUGUUGUAUUUUUAGUACCAAGACAUUUUUUUCCUUGUAAUUAUCACUAAAGAAGCAUUUGUAAAGAACUCCACAUCACUUUUCUUUGCAAUUAGAUUGUUCUGUAUGUACCGUAGGCAUACAUAUUCUAUACAUAUUAUAGAGGUAGUUAUUUUAUAACUCACCAUUUGCUACAGUUCACCGUAUCGUAUUUUGGCACUGUAUUAAGGCACUAUGCCAUGGAAGAGCUAUUAUAAAACUAUUUCAUGUGGCCUUUUCUGAUGAUCUAAGGCAUACACAUUUUGUAAGGUUUAUAGGCCUUGACGUGUGAAUAUACUUAAUUCUCCUUCUAAAAUCUACACAGUGCUAUACAAUCUGUUGAGCUCUAUUUCUGAUUAACAGCACUGGCAAGGUCAACCUAAGUCUUUCAUGAAUAAGACAUCUUCCAUUCACCUCAGGUCUGCAGCUUAUUUUUUGUACCACUGUACCAUUAAUUUUGUACAAUUUUGUACCAUUAUUAGCUACCAGAUAUCAUUUGCUCACAAGCCUGAUUAACACACCCAAAGUUCCCUUUACUCUCAUGGAAAUGUAAGGGUAUUUCGAAUGUGUGUAAAUGACACUCCCAAUAAGAUUUUAAAAGACAUAUAGCUUAAAUAAGAUUAGGAUCAUUUGGUGCAAUUGGACAAGGCUCCACUGAAGUCAGUUGACAUAGCUCAUACUAGCAGAGUGCUGAGGAAGAGACACUGUAUGUGGUAAUGAGAAAUGUUUUUUGUUGGUGUUGGUUUUUGUUUGUUUGUUUGUUUUGUUUUCGUUAUUUGCAAAGGUAUUUUAUGUUUCUUGAAAGACAAAUUAAGGCAACAAAAGCUCUCUCUCACAUGACAGGGAAGAAAAUUGAUUAGAAAGGGCCAUUGCGUAACAAUUUUGACAUUGAAGGUGGUGUUUUUAAAUGUUGUGCUUCUUACAGUAUAGAAAGGGCAACUUGAUACUGUAGAGUAGAGCUCUGAGAAAAAUAAAUAAAUUAUAUAUAUAUAUAUUUGCUACUAGUUACAACACAGGUUUGAUUCAUGAAAACUUCACUCUUUUGGAGGUACUUUGCAAUGCUUCCUCAUGUGGCAUAUGCAUUAUAAUAUGUCCUCCCCUGCUGCCACAGCUAAAACAAGGAUCUGACACCGCUCAUUUACGGACAUGCAAUCCUGGGGUCAAUGUCUGCUUUUUGUAACUGUAUUGGUCCUUAACAAUUAUUUACACUAGUAAAGUCAACAUAAGCAAGAACAGAGUUUGGCUUUCUGACAUCACAUAGCAGGCUUGCUCCUGAGAAAGUUGCAAUUCUAGCAGCUACUGGGUGAAUAUUAAGACUCUCAAACAGGCUGGUAUUUGCUCAUAGCAGGACAGUCUGUAUGGAAACCUGACACACAAUAUGAGUACACAGAAAAUGUGAUCUUAAUUGUGCUAUCACACACAAUUCAGAUACAACAGUGAGUUGUUAUAUGCUAAAUAAAUAAUUAAUUGUAUAUUAAAUGCCUAUUUUUUGACAUUAAUGAGCUUUGUAAUUGCGAUGUUCCUAUCACAUAAUUAAUAAACCUCCAGGAAGAUUAAAAAAAAUAAGUAUAUAAUACAAUUAUCCUAUAAAAUCUUAAUUAAAAUCUAAGACCUCUCUUUAAGGAGUAAUCAAACAAUUUUGACUUAAUGGGGGUAUUUUUUGUAAACAGCUCUGUAGAACUAAGGAAAGUGAGUGCUUUACAUUUACACAUAAUCUGGGAUCCAAGUAAUUUGUGUUUAAUUCCACUUUCUGUCACUGUCUUUCUAAAGAUGCCUGUCAGGUUUUAAGAACUUAUUUUUUUAAAACGGGAAUUGGACAAAUAUGAAGUUUACAAGAUUUAAAAUAUAUCAAGGCAUCUAAGAUGACACAAAGUCAAUGGGAUUAAGGAAUCCCAGUACAUUUGUAAAUUCUAUCAAAUAAGUACUUCUGCUUAUAAGCACCAUAUUUUUGAAAAAUCCCCACAAAGAUCUGCACAAUCUAGAUCUUACAGUGGAUGUCUGUCUGUCUGGACUGUGGAAAAAAGCCAUAAACCUCCACAUUGUAUGAGUGACAGGAAGCUACAUAUGAUAUCGCUUAAAGGGCACUAAAGUGGUAGAAUCAAGAGAAGUACUUUUCAUUUAAAUUUCCGAAGUUAAUAUAAUGGUGCACAAACAUCUGACAUCAUCUUAAAUGUCUUAACAGUGCCCCUCCAAAACACAAAACAUUCUGUAAAAUGCCUUCAGCCUGUGAAGGCUUUGAGACGCUGCACUGGCAGAGACAAAUCCAUGAUUUAGGUUAAACCAUUAUGGUAUGAUUAGCACUGCUGAAAUACGUGUCUAAUUGGAAAGCAUUCAGCUAAGAAGACAAGUAUUAGAGAAAUCCAGAUGAUAAGCUUACAGUGCAGACACACAGAACUGAAGACAAAUUUAUAACUGAACCUCUGAAAGGAAUUUCAGGGAAGAAAGCAAAUGUCUUCUGUGCCCUCCCAAGAGACACCUCUUGGUGCUACUACUGCUAUUUCAGUAGCAGCUACUGAAAAUGCUGCUACUUAGAAAAGUUCAGAAAAUUUCACUGUGUGAUCAGAACAUAAAAGAAUUCCAAAAAUUGGAUUUAAGAGUGCUACAUCUCAAAUCUGAAGAUGCUGUUAUUCUUGAAAUGCAGAUUUGCAAUAUAGUCAGUGAAUCAGAUAGAAAAGACUUGGAAAGCAAUGUGGCACAAAGAUCUGUUUGAAUAAUUUAUAAUUCUCUGAUUUUAACUUUUAUUUUAUAAAUUUGCUCUAAAUUUUGCUGUUCAGAAAUAAAAUCAUAGUUACUGAAGAUUGACUUAUGAAAGCAGAGUUCAUUAUGGAGCAAAGGGCAAUAAACAACCCAACGGAUUACUGAAAAUGUUAUUCUAGACACCACGUUGCAAAUGUUUUUACCUUAAUAUGUUCUUAUACUGAUAAACACAACUGAUGAUCUUUCACAGUACUGAAAACUAAAGUUUGUAAAACUGCAUUGCUGUGAAAGACCUUUACUAAGUGAAUACAAAAUGAAAAUAUAUUAAUACUCUGGGUUACUGGCAUUUUGUAUGACACUAGUGCCCAGGAAUUCCAGUGGGCAGCAAGUUGACCAUGAGCCAAAAAUGUGCCCCUGUGGCAAUGAAGGCUAGCAGCAGCACGGGCUGUAUUAGGAAGUGUUGCCAGCAGGCCAAGGAAGAUGAUCCUUGCUGUCUGUGCUGCCCUGGUGAGGCCACAUCUGGAGUGCUGGGUACAUGCCUGGGUUUCUCCAUACAAAGCAGACAUGGACUUUCUGGAGCAAAUCCAGCAAAGGGCCACAAAGACCACUAAGGGAUUGAAGCAUCUGACUGACAUACAAGGAGGUACUGCGAGCUGCAACUGUAGAGCCGGUGAGAGAAGGCUCAAGGGGAUCUUAUACCAAUGUACAUAAAUACCUGAUGGAUGGAAGUACAGAAGAGGGAGCCUGAGUCUUCUCAGUAGCCCAGUGACAGGACAAGAGGCAAUGCGGUAUAACUUGAAAUACAGGAAAUUCCAUUAAAACAUAAGUAAAAGAAGUCUUUUUUUUUACGGUCACAAUGGCCAAGCACUGGAUCAUGUUUCCCAUAGAAGUUCUGUUUAUCCAUCUUUGGAGAUAUUCAAAACCCAGCUGAAUACAGUCUUUCUUUACAUGGCCCUGCUCCAAGCAGGGAGGUUGGACUAGUUAAUUUCCAGAGGUUCUAGCCUCAGCUUUUCCAUGAUUCUGUGACUUGUGCUAAAAACUCUCCUGUGUAUGUAGGUUCUAAACCUCCAGUCAGGUCAAUGGGAUCCUAACUAUGUAUGCACAGUAACUAGGAUUUGUUUUAGAGACCGUUGAAGUAGGAUUAGGGGAAUACUGUAGCAAUCU